AUGUCCACUUCGGAUAGCGGUGGUGGAAACACCCCCGAUCUUUCGAAGAAAGAGAACGUGGCAGGUGGUAGCCCUGCUAACGCUAACAAGAAGUCUGACACCGAAACAUCUGGUGGCAGCAAGAACAAUCGCCCAAGAAGACGCUCAAACACCAAGGGAGAUGGUUCUGAUUCCAGAAAUGGAAGCCGUAACAACAGUGUGAGCAACUCGAAGAACCACUCCAACCGCAAGGACUGGAGCGAAAGAAAGAGCAUUAGUCAAGGCGGAAACAAGAACAAAUCACCAGGAGAUGAGCACAAGAGAACCAGAAGCUCUAACUCUCAAUCCGCCAAGCGUAAUGCUCGUGACUCAACAAGAACCAUGUCACAAGCAAGCAACGGAGAAGGACUCGACUACAGUGACGAAUGUAAGCUUCCAGUUUUUUCUCUCAAAAUUAAAAAAAAAUCGAAUUCAGAUGAACUGGAAGAGCCAUUUUCGGAUUCCGAUGACGACGACACCCGUCCAAAGAAGCCAGAGAAAAUGAGCUUGGCAGUCGCUCGUGGAAGAAUCCGCACUUUGUCUGGAACUGUUCCUCUUGUUGGAUACUCUCCACGUUGGGGUGGGCCGACAAUGUGUGUCAGCUGCUUGGAGUUCUUCGACCUUCCUGAACAAGUCACUGGAUUUGCGGAACAUCUUCUCAAAGAGCACAAAAUAGUGGUUUCGGAGAUGAAUCUGAUUGUCGAUCCAAAACGCUACAUCGAGCAUUGGCGUCAACGUUUCGCCAAGGAGAGCAUCGAUAACAUCUUCCCAAGAAUAGAGCCAGCUGAAGGGGAUGCGUACUUCGGACAGACCGACUACUACUACCUUAUGUCGGAAAACAUCGCCGAAGACCGUUCGCUCAGACAACGACUUGCUAUGCGUCGUCUCGAAGAAGCUCUACAGUGCCAACAACGUGAGCGAGAAGAUACAUCAUUCCAACUUCAAUGCAUCUUCUGCCGUUACAAUGCUCGUGGGAAUCGUUCGAAGAUCAUCCAUCAUCUGUAUAUGAUCCAUCACCUGAACCUUGGAUCUCCGGAUAACCUGGUUUUCGUGACUGAGUACAUCGAGCAUCUAAAAGAAAAGCUUCACCGCAACGAGUGCAUUUACUGUGAGAAGAUCUUCCCAGAUCGCAAUACUCUCAUGGACCAUAUGCGCAAAAGAAAUCAUCGUGAGGUGAAUCCGAAAAACCACUACUACGACAAGUUCUACAUCAUCAACUAUCUCGAACUCGGCAAACGCUGGCUCGAUGUACUCGCGGAGGACUUCGAGGAUACUAUGCCGACGUUCCAAGAUUCUGAUGAAGAAGAGGAAGACAACGAAUGGUGUGAGUGGCAAGAGGACAAUCUUGACGCUGAUGAGACCCGCGUCGUUUGCCUUCUCUGUGAUGCAAGCGAAGACAACGCUCAAUCGCUCUUGGAUCACAUGAAGACCACACACGAGUUUGACCUUCUUAAGAACUUCGAAGAAAAUAAGCUGAACAGCUACCAGCGUCUUCGCCUUAUCAACUAUAUCCGUAAGCAGAACUACCAUGCGGAUUGCUGGGUGUGCCAAAAGACCGAGUUUGAGAAUCCACUUGCUCUUCAAAAACACGUUCUGGAGCAUAAACCACUUACCCACCUUCCCGACUCUUCCGUUUGGGAUACCGAGGAGAAUCUGGUGCCAAUAUUUGGUAACGAUCACUUCUUGUGGAUGCUCGAAUCGAUUCUCGAAGAAAGUGAGAUCACUUGCAGCAGUGAUGAUGAAGGAGAGAGCGAGGAGCGCCUUGCCAAGCUCGUUCUUGAGAGCAAGAAUAAUACCGUCGAAGGAGUAAGUGAAUUGAAUACAUGUGAAUUCCUCAUGAUUAUUUUUCAGGUCAUUGCCGAAGAUCUUCCUGAACUAUCCGAACUCGACGAAGACGACCUCAACGCUCUCAUGUAA